AGUGUUUGAGUCAAGUACUCAACAGAGGCAGCUCUUUUCGUUUCAGAGUUGACCAAUGGCUGGCCAGAAUGGUUCCUCUCUGGAGCUCAACUUCCUGUACUACCAGUCCAUGACAGGGACAAUAGACUUCAUGACAACAAUAAAAUCAUCUCUCGUGCUGUCCACUGCCCUAUUCUUCAUCUCCCUGAACCUCAUCAUGUUCGUUGCCAUGUGGAGUAAACCCAGCUUCCGUGAGACUUCCCGCUAUCUUCUAUUCAGCCAAAUGCUCCUCAGUGACUCCAUCCAUCUGGGAUUCACCACAUUGCUCUACUCGUGUAGCAUGGCUAACAUCAACCUCAUCAAGGUGCUCUGCUCCAUGAUCGUCCUUGUAAGCGGGACAACUUUCCGCAUCUCCCCCCUGACGUUGGCUGUCAUGUGUCUGGAACGCUAUGUGGCCAUUUGUUUCCCACUCCGACACACUGACAUCGCCACCCCCGGGAGAACCAAUAUUGCCAUUGCAGUGGUCUGGUUCCUGGGCUCUGUGAACUAUGUGAUUGAUAUCAUUUUUUUAGCAGCUACAGAUGCCCAUUUCUUCACUAAAACUAUUUACUGCACACAGGAGCGCCUCUUUCUGGCCAAGUGGCAGUUUGAUGUGUUCCAGAGCUUUAACGGUGUCUUUUUUGUUGCCGUGGGAAUCAUCGUCAUCAGCACCUACACAGGCAUCAUGAUGGCAGCCCGGUCCGUCAAGGCCAAAAAGGCCAGCAGGACGGUUCUCCUUCACCUGGUCCAGUUGGUCCUCUGCCUCUCCUCCUUCCUGUUCAGCAGCAUCGAGAGAGCCCUGUCUACAAUCAGCUCAGCCCUCUUUAUCCACCUGCGCUACCUGAACUUCUUUCUCCUCGUCCUCCUGCCCCGCUGCCUGAGCCCCCUCAUCUAUGGCCUGAGAGACGAAGGAGUUCGCCCCCUCUUCCUCUGUUACCUCCGCUGCAGUCGCUGGAGGAUCAAACCAAGCACAAAACAUUAACAUAGUAUAUCAAGAUAUUUCAAAAUGUAAGGAAAAAGUCAUAAAGACAUUCUAAAGAGAUUUAUAUGAAUUUAUCAUUAUAAAAUUAUAGUUCCAGUGCUGUGGGGAGUAGGCAAGGCGAAAUCUCUCAGGGCGGGGGGCAGAGUAGUGGGAUAGGUCUCUGAUCGUGAUUAACUUUGCCAGGUCUUUGUUUCCUGUGUUUCUCCUUCAGUGUGUUUGUUUUCUUCUUCCCAUGUCUUUAGAUCCAGUAAUUAAUCACUACGUAAUUUUUUCCCUACAAAAACAGCACAGCCCUGUACCAUGUCUUUGCCUUAUUUUCCAAAUCUAAUGCGCCUUUCCUGUUGUCUGUAUCUGUGUAAUUGUUUGUGUUUACUUGCUUGCUGUCGUGCUUGAUUAUGUGCAUUUUGAAGGCAAAAAAAAUAACAACAAACAAUACGCUG